GCUUCCUACCAGCUGAGCUGAGUAUUUAAGUCUGGACAGAGGGUCUGGCUGAACACACUGUCCCGGAGUCCAGCAGAAAAGAAGAAGGACCUGAUCGGUGGCCGCCAUGAAGUUCUUUGCCCUGUUUUUCACAGCGCUUCUGCUGGGAGGCUCCUGGGCAAAUCCUCUCUCCCAAGAUCAGCCCAAAUCCAAAUGGGAAGAUGCGAUGGAAAGCUUCUGGAACUACGUGGGCCAAAUUGAGACCGCGGCAGACGAUGUCACCGCUCAGAUCAGGAGUUCGCAGCUCAGCAGGGAACUCGACGACCUUAUCUCAGAGACCAUGACGGAAGUGAAUGUUUACAGCGAUGCCUUGCGUUCCAAGGUAGCCCCCUAUGCCCAGGAUAUGCAGGAACGCCUGUCGACCGAAGUGUCGGCCCUGUCAGAAAAACUGCGAGCCGACAUGGAGGAGACCAAGGCCAAGGUGAUUCAAUACACCAAUGACGCACGCGUAAUGUUGGGCCAUAAUGUUGAAGCGGUGCACUCCCAGUUUAACCUGUUCAUGCGCAAGAUGAGGAAACGCGUGAACAAGGACUCUGAAGAGUUGCGGCGAAAGUUGAUUGAGUACACCGAGGAGGUGCGGGCCAGUGCCAAUGAAAAAGUCGGUGCUGUGAGUCAGAGCCUCGACCCUUACAUCUCCAGUAUCCGUGAAAAGGGGCAGCAACGUUUCCAGGCCCUGCAGCAGGCUCUGGGAGAGCAAGGAAAACUGGUCCAUGAGCAGCUCAGCAGUCGGGCUGAGGAGCUCCACGGCCAUCUCCGCGAGAGAGCCGAGAAUGUGAAGAGCUCUGUUGAGCAGGUUGUGGAAAAAAUACAGCAGUGGUUCACCCCGGUGUUGGAGAAUAUCUCCUCCCAGAUCCAGGCCCUGAAGGAGAAGUUCAACACGCAAUCUUAAGGCCUAACCUGCACUCUCAGCAAGAAAAAUAUGGCAGCCCUUGGUUUCCUUAGAAACCAAGAUGGCCUCCAGAGCGGAGGCUCCUUGGUUGAACGGGCCUCGACGGUCACUGUCAUGUACUAACCUCUCACACUGCGCAGUGCACAGCCCUCACCCCGCUCCAAUUCUACUUGGCCACAGCGCUGCCAUUUUGGCUCCUUAACUUCCUACACGUUUUCUGCUGGCCAACACUUUCUAGGUCCCGCACUAAUAACUGUUGCGCCUGUGAACCCCUGACAAGAAAGGCCUUUUACUGGUUCACUCGCCCCGCCCAAGCCAUACCCCAAACUUCCCAUUUUAACAUUUCACACCCAGGAAACUUGUGCCAUUCCUUUUGCCGUGAUUUCUCGGCUUUACUGGUGUUUUCCGUUUUGAUCCGUAACAAUAAAAUGUACUUUGGAUAGGA